GUCAUUCAGCGAACAGUGUCAAAGUGAAGAGAACUCAUUCGACAGAACCUAACUUAUAAUACAGGAUCAUAAUGAAGAGUAUUUGGAUAUUCAUUCUGGUUGCUGCUAUAGCAAUGAAGACAAAGGGGCAAACAAGCAUAACGAUCAAUGUUGUGCCGACCACAACAUCUGUUGCUCCUACAACAACACCUACCCCCAACAACAACCACAGCUGUGCCAACGACAACAGCUGCUGUAACCACAACAGCUGCUCCAACAACACCUGCCCCAACAACAACCACUGUUUCUACAACCACAACAACCAUUGCUCCAACAACAACCACUGCUGUGUCAACAACAACAACAGUUGCUUCAACCACAACCACUGUGGCUCCAACAACUACCGCUGGCCCAGCCACAACAACUGCUGCACCAACUACAACCAUUGCUGCAACAACCACUACAACCACUGCUGUGCCAACCACAACAGCAGCUCCAACUACGACAACUGCUUCUCCUACCACAACAUUUCCCCCAACCACAAGAGCUGCUGCCACAACAACUACAACAAUUCCAACCACAACCGCUGCUGCACCAACCACAAUUACAGCUGCCCCGACCACAACUACAGCUGCCCCAACCACAACAACAACCUCAGCUGCCCCAACCACAACUACAGCUGCCCCAACCACAACAACCUCAGCUGCCCCAACCACAACAACAACUGCCCCAACCACAACUACUGCUGCACCAACCACAACAACCUCAGCUGCCCCAACCACAACAACCUCAGCUGCCCCAACCACAACAACUAACCCAACCACAACUACUACUGCACCAACCACAACAACCACAGCUGCCCCAACCACAACAACCUCAGCUGCCCCAACAACAACUACAGCUGCUUCAACCACAACCACA